GGGCGAGGCAGCACGGGGAAGCCGGAAUCCUGCCUGGACAGGCUGGGGGGGAUUGACGGAGCCCCUCACGUCCCAGCCCCUCACUCACCCAGCCCCUCUCCCCCCAGCCGAGGCCCGAGCGCUGCCGCAGCCUGAGCCGACCCCGCGCUGCCCACCAUGGACACCGGAGUCAUCGAAGGGGGUCUCAAUGUCACGCUCACCAUCCGGCUACUCAUGCACGGAAAGGAGGUGGGAAGCAUCAUUGGGAAGAAAGGGGAGUCGGUGAAGAAGAUGCGUGAGGAGAGCGGAGCUCGCAUCAACAUCUCGGAAGGGAACUGCCCCGAGCGGAUCAUCACCCUCGCGGGACCCACCAACGCCAUCUUCAAAGCUUUUGCGAUGAUCAUUGACAAACUGGAAGAGGACAUCAGCAGCUCCAUGACCAACAGCACAGCUGCCAGCCGGCCCCCGGUCACCCUCCGGCUUGUGGUGCCCGCCAGCCAGUGCGGGUCCCUCAUUGGCAAGGGAGGCUGCAAGAUCAAGGAGAUCCGAGAGAGCACGGGGGCACAGGUCCAGGUGGCAGGGGACAUGCUGCCCAACUCGACUGAGCGAGCCAUCACCAUCGCUGGGAUCCCACAGUCCAUCAUCGAGUGCGUCAAACAGAUCUGCGUCGUCAUGCUUGAGUCUCCCCCGAAGGGUGUCACCAUCCCGUACCGACCCAAGCCAUCCAGCUCUCCUGUCAUCUUUGCAGGCGGCCAGGACAGGUACAGCAGCGGCAGUGCGAGCUACCCCCACACCGCCCCAUCCAUGUGCCUCAACUCUGACUUGGAGGGACCACCUCAGGAGGCCACCCGGCAGCCACUGCAUGGCAACGAACUUGGGCCAAUUCCAGCCUGGGCUGCAGUUCUUCCGGCCUAUACCAUUCAAGGACAGUAUGCCAUUCCACAGCCAGAUCUGACCAAGCUGCACCAGUUGGCAAUGCAACAGUCACACUUUCCAAUGUCUCAUGGCAACACUGGAUUCAGUGGCGUUGACUCCAGCUCUGCAGAGGUGAAAGGCUAUUGGGGUUUGGAUGCCUCUGCCCAAACCACCUCCCAUGAACUCACCAUUCCAAACGAUCUGAUUGGCUGCAUCAUCGGGCGUCAGGGCGCCAAGAUCAACGAGAUCCGCCAGAUGUCCGGGGCUCAGAUCAAGAUUGCCAACCCCGUGGAAGGCUCUACUGACAGGCAGGUGACCAUAACUGGAUCUGCAGCGAGCAUCAGCCUGGCCCAGUAUCUAAUUAAUGUCAGUUUAGAAAGCGCUAAACCCUCCUCCCAGGCAGCCUCCGUCACGAUCCCUGACCACCUCAGCAUCAACCUCUCUCAACCCUCCACCCCUUCUUCUUCUUCCUCCUCCACCACCACCCCCUCGCUCGCCACCGCGGGGGCCUCCGACGCACCCUCCAGCCUCCCCAACCCUCUUCCGACCGCCCCUUGUGUCUCCAGUCUGCUUGGCAUGAAACCUGUCCCUCUCCUGGCGCUAAAUGUCGUGUCUGCGGCCAAGGGCGCCGCGGCGCCCGCCGUGCCCUGUGUCACUAACAAACUCAAAGCGGAGAAGCAGAGGUUUUCCCCGUACUGAGGCUGCUCCAGGGGUGGCAGCACCAGGACCCCGGAGAGGAGACUUGGAACGCCAGUUUUUUUUUUCCUCUUUUUUUAUUCUUUUUGGGGUUUUUUUUUAAAUUUUCCUUUGUACCGAGCUCGCGCUGCCGUGGCAGCAGCAGAGCUGUUCUUGCCGGCCGAGAGACUGUGUCCCCGUGUCCUGUGAGCGGUCACAACUCCUUCUCCGCCUGCCUGUAGUUGUUGCUUGUUACUUUUUUUUUUUUUUUUAUUUUUUUUCCUUUUUUCUCCUGCUUUUCCCUUUUUUUUUUGAGUAGUUUGGGUGCAGCUGUGGGGUUUGGGGAGGGAUGGGGGGGUGGAGGGAGGGAAGGGACUCUGUGAUUUUUUUUUUGUGGGAGGGGGAACUGCAUCCCCGGUGCCCUGGGGGCCUCACCUGUCCUCUCUUAACUGUCUGUACCUGUAAUAAAGUUGCCACGGUGAGAA